AUGGCUGUGCCACCCUCCACCUAUCCCCGUCGCCUCCUGCCCCUCUUCCUGGGGCUGUUCCAGGGUGCCCUGCUCCUCUUCUUCGCCCUCUUUGUCACCUAUGAUGAGCCCUCAGCGCAGGAUACCAGCUUGGUGGCCAACCAGGUCUACAGCAGCUUCCCCUUCUUCCAGGACAUCCAGGUGAUGCUGGUGGUGGGGCUGGGACUCCUGCUGACCUUCCUGCCCCGCUACGGGUUCAGCGCCCUCACCCACAACUUCCUCCUGCUCAACUUCUCCAUGCAGUGGGCGCUGGUGCUGCAGGGCCUGCUGCACCACUUCCACCACGGCCAGAUCCACCUGGACCUGCACAAACUCCUCCUGUCUGUGUUCGCUGCUGUGACAGUGCUCAUCUCCGUGGGGGCCAUCCUGGGGAGGGCCAGCCCCUGCCAGCUGCUCGUCAUGGCCACCUGUGAGAUCCCCCUGUACCUGGCCAGCGAGUGGGUCAUUGUCACCUGCCUGGGCGUUCAGGAUGUGGGUGGCACCAUCACCAUCCACAUCUUCUCCUGCUAUUUUGGCCUUGGCGUGUCCAAGGCUCUGUUCAGGGCAACACAGCAGCCACUGCACCCCAAGGAGACCCCAACAACCAGCUCUGACCUCAUGUCCGUGGUGGGGACACUCAUCCUCUGGGUUUUCUGGCCCAGUUUCGUGGCUGUCCUCUGCCAGCCGGGCGAUGCCCAGCACCGUGCCAUCCUAAACACCCUCCUGGCCAUGAGUGCCAGCGCCAUAACCACCGUGGUGGUCUCCGGCCUGCUGGACAGGGACGGCAAGCUCAGCCCCGGCCACGUGCAGAACGGCAGCCUGGCCGGCGGGGUGGCCAUCGGCGUGCUGGCCGACAUGGCCGUGCCCCCCGCGGCCGCCCUGGCCCUGGGCAGCCUCUCGGCCGUGCUCUGUGUCCUCGGCUUCAGGUUCCUCACCCCGCUCCUGGCGAGGAAACUCACGCUCCACGACCAGUGCGGCAUCCACAACCUGCACGGCUUGCCCGGCAUCCUCGGGGCCGCAGCCAGCGUCGUGGCCGUGCUGGCGGCACCCCAGGACACUGCCGGGUCCCACCCCUCUCAGCUGUCCCCCGCUGGGGGCAAUGCCAGCGAGGCGGUGCUGGAGGGGCAGUGGGGGUCCCGAGGGGCGGGCGGGCGGGCGCUGUGCCAGGCGGCAGGGCUGGCCGUGGCCGUGGCUGCCUCGCUGCUGGCCGGGCUGCUCACGGGGAGCGCCCUCCGGCUGCCCGGCCUGGCCCGGCCGCCCGAGCGCCUCUGCUUCGAGGAUUCGCUGUAUUUUAAGAUCCACGAUCAGGCUGAGAGCCCGGGGCCAGACUGCAGCGCUGAGGAAGGAGCCCUGGCUCUGAAGGAGCAAGUUUAG